GGCACGCAGGUGGAGUGGACAGGGCGGCUUCCGGGAUGUGGCGGGGCCUUUGUCUCUUGCUGCAGCCGGAGUUCCUGGUCUUGUCUUCACUUCUAUGUGUCUCUGUUCCUAGAGGCCCAGCUAAGAUGCCAGGUCUCCUAGAAGCCUAGAAAUGGAACCAUUGAAAUUUAGGGACUUGGUCAUAGAAUUCUCUCUGGAGGAGUGGCAAUGCCUGGACUCUGCCCAGCGGAAUUUAUAUAGGAAUGUGAUGUUAGAGAACUACAGAAACCUGGUCUUCCUGGGUAUUGCUGUCUCUAAGCCAGACCUGAUCACUUGGCUGGAGCAAGAAAAAGAGGCUUGGACUAUAGAGAGACAUGAGAUGGUGGCCAAACCCCCAGACUUUUCACCAGAGCAGAAUAUAAAAGAUUCUUUUCAAAAAGUGACACUGAAAAGAUAUGGAAAAUGUGGACAUGAGAAUUUACAGUUAAGAAAAUAUGGGAAAAGUGUGGAUGAGUGCAAAGUGCAAACAGGAGGUUAUAAUGGACUUAAUAAAUGUUUGCCAACUACCCAGAGCAGAAUAUUUCAAUGUGAUGAAUACAUGAGAAUCAUUCAUAACUUUUCCAAUCUAAGUGGACAUAAGAUAAGAUAUACUGGAAAAAAAACUUUUAAAUUUAAAGAAUUUGGCAAAUCAUUUUGCAUUUCUUCAAACCUAACUCAACAUAAAAUAAUUCAUUUGAGAGUAAAUUUCUACAAAUGUGAAGACUGUGGAAAAGUUUUUAAUGGAUCCUCAAUCUUUACUAAACAUAAAAGAAUUUAUUUUGAAGAGAAACCCCACAAAUGUGAAAAAUGUGGCAAAGUCUUUAAUCAGUUCUCAAUCCUUACUGCACAUAAGAGAAUUCAUACCAGAGAGAAAGUCAACAAACAUAAGGAAUGUGGCAAAAAUUUCAACCAGUCCUCACACCUUCCUAGACAUAAGAUAAUUCAUCCUGGAGAGAAAUCCUACAAAUGCGGAGAAUGUGGCAAAGCCUUUAGUCAGUCCUCACACCUUACUACACAUCAGACAAUUCAUACUGGAGAGAAACCAUACAAAUGUGAAGAAUGUGGCAAAGCCUUUAGGCAGUCCUCAAAUCUUACUACACAUAAAAGAAUUCAUACUGGAGAGAAACCCUACAAAUGUGAAGAAUGUGGCAAAGCCUUUAACCAGUCCUCAACUCUUACUACACAUAAAAGAAUUCAUACUGGAGAGAAACCCUACAAAUGUGAGGAAUGUGGCAAAGCUUUUUACCGAUCCUCUAAACUUACUGAACAUAAGAAAAUUCAUACUGGAGGGAUACCCUAUAAAUGUGAGGAAUGUGGCAAAGCUUUUAACCGAUCCUACUCUCUUACUGAACAUAAGAAAAUUCAUACUGAAGAGAAACUCUUCAAAUGUGAAGAGUGUGGCAAAGCUUUUAAAUACUCCUCAGCCCUUACCAAGCAUAAAAGAAUUCAUACUGGUGAGAAACCCUAUAAAUGUGAAGAAUGUGGAAAAGCUUUUAACCAAUCCUCAAACCUUACUGAACAUAAGAACAUUCAUACUGGAAAGAAACCCUACAAAUGUGAGGAAUGUGGCAAAGCUUUUAUCCGAUCCUCAAAUUUUACUGAACAUAAGAAAAUUCAUACUGGAGAGAUACCCUACACAUGUGAAGAAUGUGGCAAAGCUUAUAAAUACUCUUCAUCCCUUACUAUACAUAAGAGAAUUCAUACUGGAGAGAAACUCUACAAAUGUGAAGAAUGUGGCAAAGAUUUUAACAAGUCUUCACACCUUACUAGACAUAAGAGCAUUCAUAGUGAAGAGAAACUCUACCAAUGUGAAAAAUGUGGCAAAGCGUUUAAACAAUCCUCAGUUCUUACUGAACAUAAGAAUAUUCAUACUGAAGAGAAACCACACAAAUGUGAAGAAUGUGGCAAAGCCUUUAACCGGUCCUCAAAUCUUACUACACAUAAAAGAAUUCAUACUGGAGAGAAACCCUACAAAUGUGAAGAAUGUGGCAAAGUUUUUAUACAACGCUCAAAACUUACUGCGCAUAAGACCAUUCAUACUGGAGAGAAACCCUACAAAUGUGAAGAAUGUGGCAAAGCUUUUAACCAGUCCUCAAACCUUAUUAAACAUAAGAGAAUUCAUACCAGAGAGAAAUCCUACUAAAAUGAACUAACCUGACUCCAUCCUAGAAAUAAGCCUGACAAGCUCCAGCUUAGCUUCUCCCUCCCUGCCACAGCCCUCACAGGUGCAGUACUGAGUCAUGCUGUGCUCAGAGCCUUGAAAUGUUGAGGUUUGGGUCAUGCUGUUCUCAAUACCUGUAACCAAUGUAACCACAUCCUGCUUGGCAAGUCUAUCUGCUGUUGUGAAUACCCCUCUUGGUGAUUGAUUGUAUGGAAAGUCCUCCCUGGUAGCCUCCUUGAUGAUUAUAUGGAAAUGCUCUUAGUAACCAGCAACUAUGGGAACCUCCUGCCUCCUGGUUCCCAGCCUCUUCCUACUAACUUGCUUGUUCUGCUUCUGUAAAAUUCUGCUUCAGCUAGGCUCCCCCUCCCGUAUCCUAAGCUAGGUAUGCAAAGAAAUCAAGCCCCUUCCUCAGGGCAGAGAAAUUUUUAAGUGUCAGCCACCUCUCAGUUGCCGGCAAAAAAAAGACUCUCAAUCAGAACUCAGAGAGUAGCGCUUUCUCUAACUCGCUUGGUUACAACAUUUGGCGAGAUAUUGCCACCAGGUGUGGGCUGGACUCACUCUGAGGUCCCCCAGAUGCAGUGGUGAAGUAUAGGGGAGGCAUCCCUUGAGACGUUCCAGAGCCCCAUAGGUCACCAUCCUCGAGAGGAGAUUGGAUCGACCACUGACUCACCCCUCUAACUUCUUUUCUGAGUCCUCUGUCCUCGUCCACGGAGAAGGUAAGUUAGGCCUGGCUCUGUGUUUGGACCAGGGAGGGGCAUUGGCCCUGACGAGGUCCACCUUUCAGGAUUCUGUCAACGCUCCGGGAUGCUGGAGGACAGAGUUUCAGUUCUUUGAGAAAUUUCUGAGGGAAAUGAAAUUUCUCUGGGAUCCUGACUGGUUUAAAAAAAGUGCAAAAUUCAUAACUUCUGAGUGCAUGUGUGUGUGCAUGUGUGAGUGCGUGGGGACCUUAGAGGCUUGCAUCUAAGAAUCCAGUUUAUGGCUCCAUGGUGAAAGCUACAGAGUCCAAGUGAACCCUAACCUGCGGUUCCAUGGUGACCUCAUACAGCUUAAAGGCAGCAUCGGGCUAGGCCUGAUCCAAGUCAGGGGUUUAUAUCGACUUGUUUAUGCCAAGAGGAGCCUAAGUUCCCACAAAGGGUGCAGCCAGGCAGGCAUCUGAGUAAUCCCAGUACAGGACCCCCUUUCCCUUGUUUGUCCUUGAUAAACUGCCGUAAUAAUUUACCUACCUCACUUUCAGUUUUCCUGUUUUGUUCCUAAAAUCUGGAUUUAUAUGUCUCGUGUCUGUUGUACUGUUUGUGUCUAGCAUUUGAAUUUGUAUGUCCCGUCAUCCUUAUUGCCCAAGAAGAUUGGGUGACAACUCCUUCAAGGUCCUUAGUGCAGACUUCCUGUCUCAGGAAGUUAAAUCCCUCAUUAGCCAUUUGGGCUGACCGUCUCAGUCCUGUCUUUUCUGUCAAAAACAGCUCAGGUGUUCUUAGGGGGAAAAUUGUGCUAAACAUCCACCAGUCUGGAAUUUCUGGCACAUAGAGGUUGUCGGUGCCUAGCUUGUCACACCCCCAUGCCCCAGUGACUGGUCUGACCCCUCCUUGGCUGAGCCUGACUUCUCCUUUGCUCCAACUUUCAGCUCCCUCUCUUCCUUCUGUUCUGUCCCCUUCAGAGGAGGAGGAAUACUCUAUUCUUCCCUUGCCUCUACCCUAUAAUCUUCCGGCUCUCCUGGGCUCCCCCUCUACCUCCUCGUCUCUUGUGGUCUCCACCUAUUGCCUCUUAACUGCAGCCUCAGCCAGAGGAGGCUGCCCUACGCCUCCCCUUAAGGGAGGCACCAUCCCCACGAGGUAGUGAGUGAGCUGUCCCAUUUUUGGUCUAUGUUCAUUUUUCUGCUUCUGACCUAUACAACUGGAAGUCUCAAAAACCCACCUUUCUCUGAGAAACCUCAGGUCCUGACCUCACUGGCUGAGUCCAUACUCCUGACUCACUGGCCCAACUGGGAUGAUUGUCAACAGCUUCUCCUGACCCUUCUUACAUCUGAGGAAAGGGACUGUAUUUGAAGGGAGGCCAGAAAGAUUUUCCUUGGUUCAGCCAGUAUGCCAGAGGAGGGAGCCCGAGAUCUCCUAAAUGAAGUUUUUCCUUCUACUUGGCCUGACUGGGACCCAAAUGCCUCGGGUGGGUGUAGAGCUUUGGACGAUUUCCACCAGUGUCUCCUUGUGGGUAUUGAAGGAGCCACUUGAAAACCCAUGAAUCUGUGUAAGACAACUGAAGUUGUCCAGGGGCCCGAUGAGUCACCUGGAGUGUUUUUGAAAUGCCUCCAGGAGACCUAUCGAAUUUACACUCCAUUUUAUCAAGUGGCUCCUGAAAAUAGCCAUGCUAUUAAUUUGGCAUUUGUGGCCCAGGCAGCUUCUGAUAUUCGGAGAAAGUUACAAAAACUUGAGGGACUCAUUAGAAUGAACAUUUCCCAACUCCUGCAAAUAAAUCAAAAGGUUUUUGACAAUCGAGACCAAGAAAAAACUGGCUACUCUGGCAGCUGAAAAGGUAGCUGUCAGAGUAUCAAAAACGCAGGCAAAAGUCAUAGUUCCCACAAUCCAGAAAACUAAACAAGACAAUCCUAAACAGAAAAGUAAUACUGGGGAAAACCUGCAAGCCCAGCAACUUGGGAGGCUGCAGCAGGACAAUCGCUUGAACCAAGGAGGCAGAUCUUGCAAUAAGCCAAGAUUGCACAGUUGCACUCCAGCCUGUGUGACAAGCGGGAAACACUAUGUCAUAAAGAAAGGCGGGGCGGGAGGGGAGUCAUCCAGCACCUCGUCUUUUAGAAUUGUAUGCACUGAUGUGUCUGAUUUGUUCUCUUUUUCUUUUUUUUAAGGGAGGAAGGCAGGAAGGGAGGGAAGGAGGAUGGUAGGGAGGAAGGAAGGAAGAAAGCGGGGAGGGAGGGAAAGAAGGGAAGGAAGGAAAUCAAGCAAUGAGAGAGACAUUGCAGGCCUGGAUCUAGAGGUUUACAAGUUGAUUUCCUUUUUUGAGAGAAGGAAAGAAAAAAAAAUGAGUAAAGGAGAGGGAGAAAGAGGAGAGUGAACGGAAAUAUUGCUUUAUUCUGAAAAAAAUUGGGUAUUAAUAAUGGCCAAUCAAUGUUUUAUUUAAACUUAUGAGUAGGUGUGAUGUGGAAUUGACAAGAAUGUAUAUUUUGUGUAUUUGAAGUGGAGAGCUCUAUGAAUAUUUAUUAAGUUUACUUGUUCCGGAUCUGUGUUCGAGUCCUUGAUAUCCUUAUUAAUUUUCUUUCUCAUUGAGUCUAAGUCUCUAUGUAUCUGGGUGCUGGGAUCGUUAGCUCUUGUUGUUGCAUUGAUCCUUUUACCACUAUAUCUUUGUUGCUUUAAAAUCUAUUUUAUCAGAAACAAGAAUUACAACUCCUGCUAUUUAUUUAUUUAUUUAUUUAUUUAUUUAUUUAUUUAUGCUCUCCAUUUGGUUGGUAAAUCUUUCUCCAUCCCUUUGUUUUGAGUCUUUGUGUCUCCUUGCCUGUGAAACGGGUCUGGAUGUAACAUGCCGUUGGGUUUUGGCUGUGUCUUUUGAUUGCAGGAUUUAGUCAAUUUAAAUUUAGGGUUACUGCCAUUUGAUGUUAACUGGCUGUUUUAUCCAUUCGUUGGUGUAAAUUCUUUUUUAUGUUGGUGCUCUUUACUUUCUGGUUUAUUUUUAGAAAAGCUAAUACUGGUUGUUUCUUUCUGUGUGUAAUGCUUCUUUCAGAAGCUCUUGUAAAGCAGGCCUGGUGGUAAUAAAAUCCCUGAGUUCUUGCUUGUUCAUAAAAGAUUUUAUUUUUCCUUCAGUUGUGAAGCUUAGCUUGGCUGGAUAUGAAAUUCUGGGCUGAAAAUUCUGUUCUUUGAGGAUGUUGAAUAUUGGCCCCCACUCUCUUCUGGCUUAUAGAGUUUCUGCUGAGAGAUCUGCUGUAAGUCUGAUAGGCUUGCCUUUGUGGGUAACCUGACCUUUCUCUCUGGCUGCCCUUAGUAUUUUCUCCUUUGUUUCAACCCUGGUGAAUCUAACGAUUAUGUACCUUGGGGUUGCUCUUCUUGAGGAAUAUCUUUGUGGUGUUCUCUAUAUUACCUGGGGUUGAAUGUUGACCUGCUUUGCAAGUUUAGGAAAAUUUUUCUGAAUGAUAUCCUGAAGGGUAUUUUCCAGCUUGGAUUCAUUCUCUCCGUCGCAUUCAGGUACACCUAUCGAACGUAAAUUUGGUCUUUUCACAUAGUCCCACAUUUCUUGGAGACUUUGCUCAUUCCUAUUUAUCCUUCUUUCUCUAAUCUUUUCUUCACUUUUUAUUUCAUUAAGUUGGACUUUGACCUCUGAUAUCCCUUCUUCUGCUUGAACAAUUUGAGUGUUAAAACCUGUGCAGACUUCUCGGAGUUCCUGUAUUGUAUUCUUCAGUUCCAUUAAUUCACUCAUUCUCCUCUCUAAGUUGUCUGUUCUCAAUAGGAUUUCAUCAAACCUGUUUUCAAAGUUCCUAGUUUCUUUACCUUGGGCUACGACAUGUUCUUUUAACUCACCAAAGUUUCUUAUUAUCCAUUCCCUGAAGCAUGAUUCUAUCAUCGGGAUGCGCUCGUUCUUCAUCAAGCCUUGUUCCAUUGUCGAUGUGGAACUGUGAUCAUCUUUAGGGGGAGAGGCGUUCUGACUUUGAGUAUUCUCAGCUUUUUUAUGCUGGUUUUUUCCCAUUAUUGUAAAUUUAUCUUUCUGUCGUCUUUGAAAUUACCAACUUUCAGAUUAGGUCUCUUGAGUGGAUGUCCAAGUUGUUAGUUCCCAAGGCCAGAGCAGCGGCGUUAAGAUUGAUGUUGCUUUUCUGUUCAGGAUUCUCCUGUCUGGCUUUCUUCUUGUGUUCAUAAUAGGUGACUCUGCCUUCCCGGGGCUUCAUACCUUUGUCAGAAGGGGAACCAGUCUCGUUUACUCUGCACCGAGAGCUGCCGCAUUGAGGUGCCGUCACAGCCGCUGCGCCGGCCUCAGGAGUUGUACUGGGGAGCCAUGUGGGUCCUUCAAACCUUGGGUUAGAAAAGGAGCCAGCCCUGUUUACUCUUCUCCGAGAGCUCCCGCGCUGAGGUGCUGGUGAAACCGCUGCACCAGGCGCAGGAGUCACGCUGGCUACCCGUGUGACUCCUGCACUGGGAAUCUUUUGCUCCAUGAGCGACCAGAAUUUUGUCUGAAAGUGUGGUGUUCUCUAGUUCUCCGCGCCUUCACUGAGAGCUGCAAUCCUGAGAUGUUAGCAAUUGGCCAUCUUGGAUCGUUCUGGCUUCUUUUUCUUUUUUUCAAAUGAGGUGGGUUUUCACCAGAAUGGCCAAGCUGACCUUGAACUCAUGACCUCAGCCUCCCAAAGUGCUAGGAUUGCUGGCGUGAGUCACAGCGCCCGGCCCAGUCUCUGAUUUUUUUUUUAACAAUAAAGUCAGCUGGUUGGGCAUGGUGGCUUAUGUUAGCCUGUCAUUGAAGCACUUUGAAGACCAAGGUGGGUGGAUCUCUCGAGGUUGCGGGUUCAAGAUGGGCCUGACCAACAGGGUAAAACCCCGUCUCUAUUAAAAUACAAAAAAUUAGCCGGGCGUGGUGGCUCGUGCCUGUAGUCCCAGCUACUUGGGAGGUUGAGGCAGGGGAAUUGCAAGAACCCAGGAGGCAGAGGUUGCAGUGAGCCAAGAUUGUACCACUGCACUCCAGCCUGGAGACACAGCAAGAGUUUGUCUCAAAAAAAUAAAUAAAUGAAAUAACUGGGCGUGGUGGCUCAUGCCUGUAAUCCCAGCUACUCUAGAAGUUGAGGCAGGAGAAUCGCUUAAACCUGGAAAGUGGAGGUUGAGGGGAAAGGAGAUCAGGCCAUUGCACCUGGGCAACAAGAAUGAAACUUUGUUUCAAAAAAAAAAAGUAUUUUUGCCCUAUGUCCAUCAGAAAUAGUGUGUAGUUUUGUUUUGUGCUAUGUUCUUUCCUGGUUUUUGUAUUAGAUUGAUAAUAGGCUUCGUGGAAUGAUUUAGGAAAGAUACCCUAAUUUUCUGUUUUUGAGAUAGUUUCACUUGGAUUGGUACUAAUUUUUCCUCGAAUGCCUCAUAGAAUUCAGCUGUGAAUCCAUCUGGUCCUGGACUUUUUUUUUUUUUUUUUUGCAAUGUUUUUAUUACUGUUUCAGUCUCACAACUUUUUAUUGGUCUAUGCAGAAUUUCUAUUUCUUUCUGGUUUAAUCAAAGAAGUUUGUGCAUUUCCAAGAAUUUAUCCAUCUCCUCUAGGUUUUCUAGUUGGUGCAUGUAAAAGUGUUCAUAGUUGGCCGGGCGCGGUGGCUCAAGCCUGUAAUCCCAGCACAUGGGGAGGCCGAGGCGGGUGGAUCACGAGGUCAAGAGAUUGAGACCAUCCUGCUCAACAUGGUGAAACCCCGUCUCUACUAAAAAAAUAUAUAUAUAUACAAAAAAUUAGCUGGGCAUAGUGGCGUGUGCCUGUAAUCUCAGCUACUCCGGAGGCUGAGGCAGGAGAAUUUUCUUAACCUAGGAGGCAGAGGUUGUGGUGAGCUGAGAUUGUGCCAUUGCACUCCAGCCAGGGUAACAAGAGUUAAACUCCGUCUCAAAAAAAAAAAAAAAGUGUUCAUAGUAGCAGUGAAUGAUCUUUUGUAUUUCUGUAGUACUGUUUUGUUUCUAAUCGAGCUUAUUUAGGUCUUCUCUUUUCUUGGUUAAUCUCACUAAUGAUCUAUCAAUUUUGGUUUUCUUUUUAAAAAACCAGCUUUCUGUUUCAUUCGUCUUUUGUGUUAUUUAAAUUUUCAAUAAUAUUACUUAUUCUCUGAUUAUUCUUUUUUUUUUCUUCCUAUUGCUUUAAGCAAAAUUAUUAUUGUUAUAUAUUUUUUCUUUUGUUGGGUUGGGGUUUGGUUUGUUCUUGUUUCUCUAGUUCUCUGAGGUGUGAGGUUAAAUUUGAUUUUUUCUUUUUUUUGAGACGGUGUCUUUCUCUGUUGUCCAGGCUAGAGUGAGUGAUAUGAUCUCAGCUCAUUGUAAACUCCAGCUCCCAGUUUCUUUAAUUAAUUAAUUUAUUUUUUUCCUCCCAGUAUCAAGCAAUUCUCUGCCUCACCCUCCCGAGUACCUGGGAUUACAGGUGCUCACCACCACGCCCAGCUAAUUUUUGUAUUUUUAGUAGAGACAGGGUUUCACCAUCUUGGCCAGGCUGGUGUUGAACUCCUGACCUUGUGAUUCACCUGCCUCAGCUUCCCAAGGUGCUGGAAUUACAGGCAUGGGACACUGCACCUGGCCUAGAUUUUCUAUUUGUGCCUCUUCAGACUUUUUGCUGUAGGUAUUUAAUGCUGUAUUCCAGAGGUUUUGAUAGGUUGUCACUACUGUUAGGGACGAGCUGUGCUGCCUCAGAAAACCCCCGUCUUGCAGGCUGACCCCUCCCCCCCUUAAUUGCUCCACAGCUGCAUUCCUGACUUUCUAUCUAGGCGCCACACCAAGACUACCAAAUAUGUGGCAAUUAAGCAAAGCCUGGUUAUAGCCACCCAGGCAGCUCGAGGUGUGGGGAGCACUCCCGUGUGAGACCCCUAGUAAAUUGGGUCUCACCUUGUGGUGAGUUGGAGCCCAGACACAGAGUCUCCAGUUGGAGGAAGUCGAGCUGAGAAAAGCAGGAACUAAAAGAGGUUUUGGGUUAAAGAUAAACUACUGCGGACAAUUACUAGAUGGCCAUGCAGUCUUGAAGUGCACCAUGACCUAAUGGUUAGUAGUCAUGUGUAGCAGUAUGUUCAUUUUCACAAGCAUAUUCUUCUUUGUUCUGUCAAGACAGUAGUGAUUGACUGUCAUAGCUUAAGAGAACCUUCUGUGUAGCAAGACAAUUGUUCUGAACUUUUAUUAAAUAGAUAACAAGACCCACCUGCUGGGUUUUAUUGUGUAUCUGAUCUUUCUACUGUAACCACCUGAUUUAUGUUGUAACCUGUAAUUUCACUGUAAAACUUUCUGUUCCCCUUGAUCUCAUGGAACAAUGUAUUGAACUGACAUAAGCGAAGUUUCAAGAAUGUAUAAAAACUGACCGUGAGCUGAAUAAAGCCAUUUGCGAAGCAAAGACUUCUCAAUC